UUCCACUCAGAAGGUUUGUUUAGAUCUAAGCCCCGGGUACUGUGGUGUAAAAUUCACUGUUACUCUGGAGACCAAGGACAAGACCCAGAAGUUGCUAGAACACUCUGGAUUAAGGAAGAGGCACUUACAUUGCAUGUCCUUUUUGGUACCACCUCCUGCUGGUGGCACAGAAGAAGUGGCCACAAUCCGGGUGUCGGGAGUUGGAAAUAGCAUCAGCUUUGAAGAGAAGAAGAAGGUUCUAAUUCAGAGGCAGGGGAGUGGCACAUUUGUACAGACGGACAAACCUGUGUAUACCCCAGGGCAGCAAGUGUACUUCCGCAUUGUCACCUUAAACAGCAACUUUGUUCCAGUGAAUGAUAAGUACUCCAUGGUGGAACUGCAGGAUCCAAAUAGCAACAGGAUUGCACAGUGGCUGGAAGUGGUACCUGAGCAAGGCAUUGUAGACCUAUCAUUCCAACUGGCACCAGAGGCAACGCUGGGCACCUACACAUUGGCAGUGGCUGGGGACAAGACCUUUAGCACCUUCAGUUUGGAGGAAUAUGUGUUGCCUAAGUUUGACAUGGAAGUGGUGGAACCCAAGCAGUUAUCAACAGUGGAGGAAACUUUCCCAGUAAAAAUUUGUUGUAGGUACACCUAUGGAAAGCCCAUGCUUGGGGCAGUGCGGGUAUCAGUGUGUCAGAAGGCAUAUACUUACUGGAUUCGAGAGAAGGAACAGGAGCAGCUACCUGACAAAUGCAAGAACCUCUCUGGACAGACUGACAAGGCAGGGUGCUUCUCAGCCUCUGUGGACAUGGCCACCUUCAGCCUCACUGGUUCCGCCUAUAGCCACAGCAUCAAUAUUGUGGCAACUGUGGUGGAGGAAGGGACAGGAGUGGAGGCCAACACCACUCAGGAUAUCCACAUUUCUUCACAAAUAGGAUCAAUGACCUUUGAAGACACCAAUAAUUUUUAUUACCCCAAUUUCCCCUUCAGUGGGAAGAUAAGAGUUAGAGGCCAUGAUGGCUCCCUCCUCGGGAAUCAUGCAGUGUUUCUGGUGAUAUAUGGCAAAAAAGGAACCAUCACCCAGACCCUAAUUACUGACAAGAAUGGCCUUGCUCCCUUCAAGCUGGAUACAGUCAGUUGGAAUGGGGCAGACGUUUCUCUGGAGGGCCGGUUCCAAAUGGAAGAUUUGGUAUAUAAUCCAGAACAGGUGCCUCACUACUACCAGAAUGCCUACUUGCACCUGAGACCCUUCUACAACACAACUCAUAGCUUCCUUGGCAUUCACCAGCUAAAUGGCAUCUUGAAAUGUGGUCAGCCCCAGGAAGUAAUGGUGGAUUAUUACAUUGAUCCAGCUGAUGUGAACCUGGACCAAGAAAUCAUCUUCUCCUACUUUUUAAUAGGGAAAGGGAGUCUGGAGCUGGAAGGGCAGAAACACCUGAACUCUAAGAAGAAAGGACUGAAAGGCUCCUUCUCUCUCUCACUGACCUUUACUUCCAGACUAGCCCCUGAUCCUUCCCUUGUGAUAUAUGCCAUUUUUCCCAGUGGAGGUGUUAUCGCUGACAAAAUUCAGUUCUCAGUGGAGAUGUGCUUUGACAAUCAGGUUUCCCUGGGCUUCUCACCUUCCCAGCAGCUUCCAGGGGCAGAUGUGGAACUACAACUGCAGGCAGCUCCUGGGUCCCUGUGUGCAGUUCGGGCUGUGGAUGAGAGUGUCUUAUUACUAAGGCCAGAGAGAGAGCUGAGCAACCGCUCUGUCUAUGGGAUGUUCCCCUUCUGGUAUGGCCACUACCCCUAUCAGGUGGCUGAAUAUGAUGAGUGUCCAGUGUUUGGCCCACAGGACUUGCCUCAACCCCUCAUUGACCCAGUGCCUAAAGAGCGUUGGAGUAGGCGGUCUAUUAUCUGGAGACCCUGGUUCUCUGAAGGUGCAGACCUUUUCAGUUUCUUCCAGGAUGUUGGCCUGAAAAUAUUUUCCAAUGCCAAGAUCAAGAAGCUGGUAGAUUGCAAUCACUGGUCUCCAAAAUACAGCACUGCAAUGGGUGGAGGCAGUGGUAUUAGUCGAGAGGGUUUUGCCUCUUCACACUCAUCACUUCAGUCAGGGGACUCUCAGGUCCGCCAGUUCUUUCCGGAGACCUGGCUCUGGAAUCUGUUCCCUAUCGGAAACUCAGGGAAGGAGGCUGUCCAUGUCACGGUUCCUGAUACCAUCACCGAGUGGAAGGCCAUGACUUUCUGUACCUCCCAGUCCAGAGGCUUUGGUCUUUCGCCCACUGUUGGACUGACUGCUUUCAAGCCAUUCUUUGUUGAUCUGAGUCUCCCUUACUCAGUAGUUCGUGGGGAAUCCUUUCGUCUAACUGCCACCAUCUUCAAUUAUCUGAAGGACAGCAUCAGGGUUCGGACCAACCUAGCUAAAUCAGAUCAGUACCAGGUGGAAUCAUGGUCAGAUUCUGCUGCCUCCAGCUGUCUCUCUGCUAAUGAAGCAAAAACCCAUCACUGGAACAUCACAGCUAUCAAACUAGGUCGUGUAAACUUUACUAUUAGCACUGAGAUUCUGGACGGCAGUGAACUCUGUGGGGGCAAGAAGGGGUUUCUUCCAAAAAAAGGGCUGAGCGACACUCUCAUCAAGCCAGUUCUGGUCAAGCCUGAGGGAGUCCUUGUGGAGAAGACACGCAGCUCAUUGCUGUGCCCAAAAGGAAAGGUGGCUUCAGAAUCCAUCUCCCUGGAGCUCCCUGCGGAUGUUGUCCCUGAUUCAAACCAAGGCUUUGUUACUGUUCUGGGAGACAUCAUGGGCACAGCCCUGCAGAACUUAGACAGUCUGGUGCAGAUGCCGAGUGGCUGUGGGGAGCAGAACAUGGUCUUCUUUGCUCCCAUCAUCUAUGUCUUGCAGUACCUGGAGAAGGCUGGGCUGCUGACUGAGGAAAUCAGGUCUCAGGCAGUGGGUUUCCUGGAGAUAGGGUACCAGAAAGAGCUGACGUACAAACACAGCAAUGGUUCCUACAGUGCCUUUGGGGAGCAGGAUGGAAAUGGAAACACAUGGCUGACAGCCUUUGUCACCAAAUGCUUUGGUCAGGCUCAGGAAUUCAUCUUCAUUGAUGACAAGAACAUCCACGAUGCUCUCAAGUGGUUGAUGGGAAACCAGCUCACCAGUGGCUGCUAUGCCAAUGUGGGGAAGCUCCUUCACACAGCUAUGAAGGGUGGUGUUGAUGAUGAGAUCUCCUUGACUGCAUACAUCACAGCUGCAUUGCUGGAGAUGGGAAAGACCAUAGAUGACCCAAUGGUGAGUCAGGGGCUGCAAUGUCUCAAGAAUUCCAUAACCUCUACCACCAACCUCUACACACAGGCUCUCCUAGCUUAUACUUUUUCUCUGGCUGGGGAAAUGGACAUCAGGAACACCAUUCUUGAAAAGUUAGAUCAACAGGCAAUUAUCUCAGGAGAAUCCAUUCACUGGAGCCAGAAACCUACUCGGUCAUCCAAUGCCAGUCCUUGGUCUGAGCCGGAGGCUGUAGAUGUGGAACUGACAGCAUAUGUAUUGUUGGCCCACCUUAUCAAGGCCAGCCUGACUCAAGCAGAGAUAGCCAAGGCCACUGGCAUAGUGGCUUGGUUGGCCAAGCAACGAAAUGCAUAUGGAGGCUUCUCAUCUACUCAGGAUACUGUAGUGGCUCUCCAAGCUCUUGCCAAAUAUGCCACUAUUGCCUACGUGCUGUCUGAGGAUGUCAGUCUGGUUGUAAAAUCAACUGAGAAUUUCCAGCAUACUUUCAGUGUGCAGGCUGCCAACCGGUUGUUAUUUCAGCAGAAGACUCUUCCCAAUAUUCCUGGAGUGUAUACCUUGGAAGCUUCAGGCCAGGGCUGUGUCUAUGUGCAGACAGUGCUCAGAUACAACAUUCUCCCUCCUAAAAAUCUGGAGACUUUUGAUCUUAGUGUGGAAGUGGGAAAAACUAGAUGUGACGAACCUACCCCACCUCGAUCCUUGACUCUCACUAUCCACACCAGUUAUGUGGGGAGUCGCACCUCUUCCAAUAUGGCCAUUGUGGAGGUGAAGAUGCUAUCCGGAUUCAGUCCUGUGGAGGGCACCAGCAAGUUACUCCUUCAGCAACCAUUGGUGAAGAAGGUUGAAACUGGAACUGACACACUUAACAUUUAUUUGGAAGAGCUUAGUAAGGAGACUCAGACAUAUACUUUCACCAUCAGCCAAAAUGUGUUGGUCACCAACUUGAAACCAGCAGCCAUCAAAGUCUAUGACUACUAUCUGCCAGACGAGCAGGCAACAAUUCAGUAUUCUGAUCCCUGUGAAUGAGGUUAGAAGCUGGAAAGAAAUGAAAUCAAUCCUCUUCAGCAUUACUGGAGGGUGCAGCUUUCUUCUAACUAUUAAAGCACAACUCAUUCAAUCAAA